CUGAAGACGCAAAACCCAAUAUCAGUCCCCCCGCCUUUCAAAAGAUAUUUGGAAGUGCAGAAUACUGUCUAGACACCUCGAAAUACAUGACAGCGGCAAAUACUACCUGCAGUCAUGGUUCGCAAAUUCAAGCACCAUGAGCAAAAGUUGCUGCGUAAGGUGGACUUCAUAACCUAUAAAUCGGAUCAGAACCACCGAGCCGCCGAAGUUUGUCGUCGAUAUGUUAUCCAAAAACCCUCAGAUUACACAAAAUACAACCGACUAUGCGGGCAACUGCGGCAACUGGCACACAAACUCGCCGCCCUCAACCCGGAGGAUCCCGUCCGGCACAAGCAUGAGGAACUGCUGCUUGGCAAGCUGUGGGAUAUGGGCAUUCUGGGCACAGGAGGAGGUGGAAGAGGCAAGCUGAGCGAUGUAGAGCACAAAGUCACAGUUUCGUCUUUUGCAAGAAGAAGACUACCGGUCGUCAUGCACAGACUGGGGAUGGCGGAUCAUGUCAGUAGUGCUGUCAAAUUCGUGGAGCAGGGCCACGUAAGGGUGGGCACGGAUGUAGUUACGGACCCAGCCUUUUUGGUCACGCGAAAUAUGGAGGAUUUCGUAACAUGGGUGGAUUCAUCGAAGAUCAAGAGGAACAUCCUCAAGUAUCGGGAUAAGCUGGAUGACUUUGACUUGAUGUGAUUUCCAUGGGCUGGAAGUUUUAGUGGUAAAAAUUCAGAUUAGGAAGGCAGUGGAUCUUUGACGAAGAGGAGGAAAUCAUUGUUCACCAAGGUGAAUGCGUUCUCGCCAUAGAGAUAUGAUCAGGCAAGUUGGUUGAUUGCAGUGCACCAAUUGCGCGGAAUUACGCUCAAUAGUUUAAUGCUCAAAGGUAUGACGGUUCCAGCGAUUUCUAAUGGGGCCAUUUGAUCUUUGAUUUCAUAGGAGACGGCUUCCACCGAACGAUAGGUUGCACGGAAACCUUAAUUGAAAAUCACCGCAAGGUCAUGAAGAAACGAUAUGAUUUUAAUCGUGGCAGCUCUUGCAGCCACAGAUGUCGUUAGCCUUAAGAUCUAAGCUCAAUUCUCUCUUUUCACCUGGUCAAUGUUG